AUGAGCUCCUCUGUCACUGGAACGGUCAGGAAACAGGAAAGGAAAAGUGUCGGUCAGAAGGUUCACACGAGCGGGCGGGAUUAUGACUGCGUGUACGACCCAGUUUACACCGUGUCCUCAGAGGUGGAGCACACCAGAGCCCGUCUGCAGGCCUACGCCAAGAACCUGCGGGUGAGGAGGCUUCCUGAGUUUGGGUCCAUGUUCACUGACCGCCCACGCUACACUCUUAAAGUUUACCCCGUGGAGCCACUAGCGGUCUUGGUGAGCAACCCCUGGCGACGACACGCAGAACAGCGCAGAGAGACGCAGCUGGCAGGACUCAUUCCAAUUGACCGCAAGUUGCGAACACAGCCGUGUCGAGUGACCGGUGGUGAUUACUGGAAAUACCUUACACGCCCUCUGGUUCCCUCUGGACAGACGCUUCACCCAGGUGUAUCUGUUACUGUGCCUGAAGAUUUUUCAAGCAAUGGUGGAAAUGGGGACGAGCAACAACCCAGCCACCGCACCGUGGGGGUCCAGACCGACUACAGGGAAAGCGAAACACAGACUGACCCGCACAGUCCUGAAUAUGUGGCACGACCUGGAUCGACUCCUUCUGAGCUCUUGCAACUGGCAGUUUUGACUUGGGGCCGUGGUUUGCCAGCUGGCCUUGCUGAGGUAGAAAUGAUAGAGCGGGCGCGGGCUAAACGGGCCUGGGAGGCCACCCUUCCUCCACCCGAUGACCUGAACCAGCUGGACAAGAGGAGGCGUAUGAUGGAGGAAAUGGAAGCCAAGGAGUGGGCUUUCAGAGAGGGAGAAAUCCAGAAGUUGCAGGAAGCUCGUCUUGCAGUGGUGAAGGACCUGCUGAGGCAAAGAAACGAGGCUCAGAAGGAUUUUGCAAAAGACAGACUGCAACAGAUAGAUUCUGAGCACCAAAAACAAAGGGAGAUCAAACUGGGCAAAAUCCAGCAUGACUACAUGAGGGCGCUGAGAAAACUGGAAGCCAAGAGGAAAAAUGUGGAGGGGAAGCUUGAGCGACCCGACAUUGUCACUGAUUUGCUGAAGCAACAAAUUCCAAGGGACGUGGUCGCCAUCAGGAAAGCCACUGAGCUGGAAAGCGAAUACUUAGAUACUUAUGGAGGUUUGCUCACGCUGGAGGCAGGACUCAAGCCAUGGAUGGACAGACAGCCCAAAGUUAUCGAUCAUGCCGUCACGUCCCCCGCGAGCAAAGCUUUCGACCUACUGAAGAAAUAUAAGGUCCAGAGGGAAGAGGUGAACAAGCCCAAGACAGAAAAACCCUUUGAGCUUAUUGAGCCUGCUCCUUCUCCUGGCACUCCCGUUGUGGAAAAGCCAUCAGAGUGGGAGGAGGAGACUGAGCUUGCAGCAAUCUUCAAACAGCAAUUAGUGAGAGGAAGGAGCCUUCAGGUUGAGUGUUUUAGAGGCAAAGAAAACCAAAUGGGUCUCAUCGAGGAAAUAAGAAUAUUCCACGCCUUCCAGAGUGAUGAGCAGAAGCUAAAGGAGGCCGAGAAAGAGCUUGUAAUGAGCCUGAAAAAACAGAGGGACCUGGAAAGGCAGGAGAUUGCUGAAGAGGAAGCAUCUCAAGCCAGCGUGGUGGGUGCAGCGCUUGAACAGCUGUUCGACAUCUCCUCCAAGGAGCUGAUGCAUCUGCAGGAGGAGCGCAGGAUCCACGCUUUCACGUUACUGGCUGAGAGAGAGCGCCGUCGACGCGAGGCUGAAGAGAGUGGAAGGAGACAGGUGGAGGACGGCAGACGCAGAGAACAAGAUGAGAUCUUCGGACAAGUGGUCCAGGUGAAUGAGGAGAAUGUAGAUAUGUAUUUGGAGGACAUCAUCUUGGAGAAAUCACAUCAGGUGGCUGACCAGCAGGAUCGAGAGGAGAUCCGCAGGAGAGCAAAGGAGCUGAAUGAUAUUGCUGAUACCCUGGAGGAAAGCCGCGACAGACUUCAGAAGGACGAGGUUGUGUCUGAGCUGAUCUACAGCUUUCUUAUCCCAGAGAUGGAGAGGAUCACUGUCAGACAGAAAGUCCACCAAAAGCAGGCUCGACACCUGCACGUUGCUCAGAGCCUCGUUCAGGAGAUUGCAACAUCUAGUGGGACCAGUCGUCCGGGAAGCUCGCAGCUGACCAGCCCCGGCGCAGAAACAUCCCCUCAAGACCCUGGAGAGGAGAUCUGCCAAGCGGAGCAGCACCAAUCUGAAACUGAAUAAAGAAAAGGUCUGAUAUACUUGAAAUGUACAGCUUAAUAAGUUGUAUAACAGUUGUUCACCCGUGUUUUCACAGCAUCGGUUUCAUGGUUCUCAUCCUAGAUUUUUAGGUGAAUUACAGCGUCUGAUUGUAUCGAGAACAAGAAGUAUAUUUGCACUAUUGAUUUAUUGAUUUACUAUUGAUUUUAUUUGAUUUUACCUCUGAGCGUGUCGUUCUAUUUCUGAAAAUAUUCAAUGGAAGAGUUAAGAUUUCUGUUACUGGAUUUUACUGUGUGAUCUAUUGAUGAGGAAGAAAAUAUCCUUGAUUGUAUAAAAAAUAUUGUUCCGUCCUCUUAAACCUUCUUUCAGUUCUUUAAAAGUUGAAAACGUCUCCCAACUGUAAGUUGUGCACACAAAUAAAAGGUCACAUCCUACAGUAUCAACCCUGCUUAUGGUAUUUAAAGGUUGCAUUGUCUUUUUAUCGAAGUUAAAAUUAUUAUAUCAGGAUGUUAAUGAUUAACCCAAACAGAAAAUUCAUUCCAAAUUAUUUAACAACGUAAUUUUUUAUGUUGUAUAGAACUUUUACAGUGAUUUACACUUUUUUUUUUUUUAUGAUAGU